CUUAUCCUACGGCCUCAACCGCCAUCGAGCGCGCAGCCAACUGACCAUGGCAUCAUCUUCUCCAUCUCCCGUCACCUUUCCCCAGCUACCCUUUUCACCUAAGAGACCUCCUCCAGUACCCAUCUUCAAAGAGCUCCACUUCAACCAUGACCUCUCGGCCACCAAGAAACUCCAGGCUGGGGUGGACCUGGUGGCAAAGUUGAUUGGGGUGACCCUGGGCCCGAAGGGCAGGAAUGUGGUGUUGGAGAACAAGUAUGGACCCCCUAAGAUUGUUAAUGAUGGGGAGACUGUCCUUAAGGAGGUUGAAUUGGAGGACCCAUUGGAAAAUGUUGGUGUUAAAUUGGUGAGACAAGCGGGUGCAAAGACAAAUGAUCUUGCUGGUGAUGGUUGCACCACUUCUAUUGUUCUUGCUCGAGGUUUGAUUGCUGAAGGUGUGAAGGUACUUGCUGCGGGAAUGAAUCCUGUUCAAAUUGCACGGGGAAUUGAAAAGACGGCCCGGGCUCUUGUUUCUGAACUCAAAUUGAUGUCAAGGGAGAUUGAAGACCAUGAAAUUGCUGAUGUUGCAGCAGUUAGUGCUGGAAAUGACUAUAGUGUGGGAAAUAUGAUUGCAGAAGCUCUUAAAAGAGUCGGAAGAAAAGGUGUAGUUAGAAUUGAGAAUGGAAAAUGCACUGAGAACAGUCUGCAAAUUGUAGAGGGUAUGCAGUUUGAUCGUGGUUAUUUGUCACCUUACUUUGUUACUGAUCGUGCAAAUAUGUCUGUGGAGUUCGAAAAUAGCAAGAUACUUUUGGUUGACAAAAAAAUCACAAAUGCAAAGGAGAUGUUUAAACUAUUGGAUAGUGCAGUCAAAGAUAAGUACCCACUCUUGAUAAUUGCAGAGGGAAUUGAGGAGGAAGCUCUUGCUCCAAUAAUUAGGAAUAAACUCAAAGGUGUGCUGAAGGGGGUUGCUAUUAAAGCUCCUGCCUUUGGAGAGCGCAAAAGUCACUGCAUGGAUGACAUUGCUGUCUUGACUGGAGGCACAGUAGUCAGAGAUGAGAUGGGACUGACUCUUGAAAAGGCUGGAAAAGAGGUUUUAGGUUCUGCGGUGAACAUAGUAAUUACUAAGGAUUCAACGCUAAUUGUUACUGAUGGGAGCACCCAGCAUGCAGUGGAAAAGCGGGUUGCUCAAUUACGAAAUCUUGUAGAGAACUCUGAAGAAAAGUUCAAAAAGAAAUUAUUGAAUGAGCGGAUAGCAAGGCUAUGUGGUGGAAUUGCAAUUAUUAAGGUAGGUGCACAAACAGUAGUGGAGUUGAAAGAUAAAAAGCUGAGAAUUGAAGAUGCUCUUAAUGCCACUAAGUCUGCUAUUGAGGAAGGUGUUGUAGUUGGUGGUGGAUGUAGCCUAUUGCGGCUAUCUAUGAAGGUGGAUAGCAUCAAGGAAUCUCUGGAUAAUGAAGAGCAGAUGAUUGGUGCCGACAUCUUUAAACGGGCUUUAAGUUAUCCUUCAAAAUUGAUAGCCAAAAAUGCUGGAAUUAAUGGAGAUGUUGUUGUGGAGAAGGUGUUGUCCUCUAAUGACGUAAGAUAUGGCUACAAUGCAGCUAAAAAUUGUUACGAGGACUUGAUGGCGGCUGGGAUUUUAGACCCAACGAAGGUUGUUAGAUGUUGUGUGGAGCAUGCUGCUGCUGUUGCAAAGACUUUUCUCACAUCUGAUGUGGUCGUUGUUGAUACAAAGGAAGCAGAGCCCAUUAGUAGGCGAAGGCUGAUGCCAACUUCUAAUCUCAUGCGAACAUCUAAUCUGAUGCCAACUUCUAAUCUCAUGCGAACAUCUAAUCUGACGCCAACUUCUAAUCUCAUGCGAACAUCUAAUCUGACGCCAAAAUCAGGUAUUGCACUUUAGUUUGUGCUAACCAGUCAUUCAUCUACUUGCUGUUCCAUUCUCUCUUCCCUUCAUGACUCAUACUUGCAAGUGGUUGAGAUGUCAAUCGAAAGGAAGAGGCAAUCUAAUCUGCGUAUUUUGGUUCAGUGAAAUAUGGCCAAUGAGACUUGCUGUCAUUCAUCAAUGUGCGUUGACUCACAAUACUUUCACAGAAUCUUUCCAACAAACCACCUGAGAAAUAACAUUCAAUACAGAUGAGGUUUCAAUCUCAAAAUUUAGAAGCUUUUGUGAUUAUUCUUAAAAUGCAGUCACCAUGGUACACUUCUUCAUGAAGGAAAGCCAUGGUGAGGCCAAAUGUCUGUGUGUGUAUAAGCUGAACAAUUUUAGGGACUCAUGAUCUGUGCCGACGAAGGGUUAAAAUAGGACCAUUUGAGCUUGGGAUGUAUCAUUGUCUUAUUCAUCCAUUAUAUUAUGUUGGGUAAUGCCUUCAUGAUUUCUACACUCCUCUUAUAAGCUUAUA